GGGUCUCUGCCUCGCCGAGGAGGCUACGUUAGAGCCACAUAAACACAUUCACAGAUGUGUCUCUAUGCAUUCUGACAGCCCGACUGAGCCACGACUGCCACACUGAAUGAAGACCGAGAAAUCAGGGGGAGAGACGAAAAACAACCACCAAGCAAACUACCACACCAUUUCUGCAGGGUCUUGCCCAUUUCCCUCUCUCUCGGAUUGUGAGAGCACGUCUGACAGGGAAGAGAGGAAAACAGGGGAGAUCUACCGGCAGAUUCGUCCCCUAGGCUCCCAAUUACAACCCGUGUUUCCACUUUGAACUUAGAAGCCACAGCACAAACAAAUACAGGGAUGCUCUGACCAAAAACAAAGAAAAGAAGAGGAGAAUAAGAAAUCAAGAGAGACUCACGAAGACAAAGAGUGAGAGAAGGAGGGAUUUUCAAUGAAUGGAGCAUGCAGCAUCAUGUAGUGGAAAUAACUGCAUUUACGUAAGAUGACCCCUCUUGUGUCCACAGCCGCCCGCUGAGGACGUGACUGCCCACGUGGUCUGGAUGCCAGCAGCUCCCUCUCAGAGCCCCUGACGUCCCCUGGCAAUCUGAGAAAGACAUCCUCAUCCUCCGUUUACACACUCUUGACCUCCCGGUCCGCGAGGAUUAUUGAGUCUCCGGAUUACUGAAGUGUCCGGUUUAGCCGUGGGAGAAAGGGCACACUAUUACUUGAACUUUGGACCCCAGCAUGAGAUGCUCUGGGAGCCAGCAGCAUGGUGGAUGACCUCCAGCAUGCGGCCGUCACAGCUGGACCUCACGCUCGUGGCUAUCCGUCUUUUGUAACUAAGGGUAAUGACCAGACAUAGAACCAAUCCUGGAGAUGCCGAAGAGAAGAGAUAUUCUUGCCAUCGUGUUGAUUGUGUUACCAUGGACCCUCCUCAUCACUGUGUGGCACCAAAGUGCAAUUGCCCCCCUGUUUGCCAUCCGAAAGGUCUGUCACCAUCUAGUAAAAGAGAUCUUAAUCAUACCAGAGCGUCUAACCAUCCACCGGCAACGGCUAGCAGAUGACGGGACAGAGACUAGGCACGACACUGGACCAGCCACAGACUCAAAGGAAUAUUGCUCACAGGACAAGGACAUAGUGGAGGUGGUCCGUACAGAAUACGUGUACACAAGACCUCCUCCCUGGUCCGAUGUAUUGCCCACCAUCCAUGUCAUCACUCCGACAUACAGCCGCCCCGUGCAGAAGGCCGAGCUAACACGAUUGGCUAACACCUUCCUCCAUGUGCCCAACCUGCACUGGAUUCUGGUCGAGGACUCUCAGAGGAGAACUCCUCUGGUCACGAGGCUUCUGAGGGAAACGGGGCUGAAUUACACACACCUCAAUGUGGAGACCCCACGGAACUACAAGCUGCGAGGGGACACGAGAGAUCCCAGGAUUCCACGUGGCACCAUGCAAAGAAACCUGGCUCUGAGAUGGCUACGGGAGACCUUCAAAUCCAACAGCAGCCAGGCAGGAAUCGUCUACUUUGCUGAUGACGAUAAUACAUACAGCUUGGAGCUGUUUGAGGAGAUGCGAUCAACUCGUAAAGUAUCAGUGUGGCCUGUAGCAUUUGUUGGAGGUUUACGAUACGAGUCUCCAAAGGUCAACGCAGCAGGAAAAGUGUACGGGUGGAAAACAGUAUUCGACCCUCACCGGCCCUUUGCCAUUGACAUGGCAGGGUUUGCUAUCAACCUGCGACUCAUUCUGUUUAAGCCUCAGGCCUACUUCAAGUUACGAGGGGUGAAGGGAGGCUAUCAGGAGAGCAGCCUUCUCAGAGAGCUGGUCACUCUCAGUGACCUGGAACCCAAAGCGGCCAACUGCACUAAGAUUCUUGUGUGGCACACACGAACAGAAAAACCUGUCCUGGUGAACGAAGGAAAGAAAGGCUUUACAGACCCAAACGUGGAGAUCUGACAUCUGCUUCAGUGUCGGGAUGCCCCCAGAAGGACCCAAAAGGGGAUGGCAGGGAAAUAUUACCCAAUACCACAUUUUUGAACAGUUUGGAUGCUUAUUCCUAUAAACCACACCUAAACAAGCUCAACAAUAUGGACCUAUUAUUCUAAAGCACAGAUUAGUCUCUUUUUUUAAGGCAAUAUCAUCAGUAUUUUGCAAGAACAAAACCAGAGGGCACUAGACAGAAAGGAAGUUAUGUAUAUUGAUGAGGGAACAUGAGAACUGCUAAAACUCCUCACUUCAAUGGAUUUAUAAACUCUGGCUGAAGAGGAGACACAAAAAAUGGUCACAACAGUCUCAAAGACUGACCAAGAGCGAACUGUUAUCCAUUAUUAAACGUUGAUGUUCCUUCAUGUCUAACGGAUUGAUACUUAAACAUGAAGGGAAUGUCUUCUUUUUACAUAAUGUGUAUUUUAAGUUUGUUUUUGUUGUUUACAUUACUGUCUUGCUAGCACAGCACUACUGAUAUUUUGCCUUAGUUCAAACUCAGCGUCACUUUGCAGUAUUAAACCAGUUCUAUCAUAUACCAGGGCUAGCUGCUAUACUGGAUUUAGUGAUUACGAAGUUGUAACACGGAUCUCAUGAAUAUGAAUAGCAGUCAAACUUGUUCCUGUGCGUCCAUUGUUCCUGUUAGGACAUGCGUUGUAAAUAUAAUUUAAAGAUGAACAAUCAGAGACUUUAAAAUAAAGUGGUCUAGCAUUCAACAGAACAAACAAUGUAA